AUGGCCGCUGUUGUUGCAUCUCAUCAGUCUGGUCUUUGGCAAGAACGACGGGAACCUCCCUUUCAAAUGCCCAACAUGCACAGCUCUAGCAUGAUCCCUCAGUACGACACUUCGCGCGCCGCCACCAGCGCGCCAGUCUCGCGGAGCUUCCAGCCCACUUCCACACAAAUGGACAUGAGCAUGCCUCUCUACUCGUCCAAUGGCCUCCCCACCACUGUCCCCUACCAGCCGGGACAAUUCGCAUACGACACUGCGCCAGUGAACCCAUAUACUAUGCAACAGCCGUCGUACUACCAGUCGGGUAUCCCACACCCCGUGUCAUACCCACCAUCGACCGAUGUUCAGCAACUUCCAACAGUACGAGAUAGCCGGAAUCUCUUCAACCCUCUGGUCAAGGCCGAAAGCACAUCGCCUCUUCAAUCCAACCCGAUAUAUGGCGAAACAUCUUACCCAUCCGAUGCUAAGCGUUCCAACUCUGUCCCGACAGAAGGCACUUCUGUUCACUUCUCGACCGACGUAGACACUCUGAUGAAAGCCAUCCAAGCAAAACAGACCACCCCUUCCGAGCCAGCGGAGCCCAAGGAGGACGCCACCAAGCCCUCUCAAAAACCUCGCAAGCGCUACCAAUGUACUGUCCCUAACUGCAACAAGAGCUUCUAUCAGAAGACUCAUCUCGAGAUCCACAUCCGCGCUCACACUGGAGCCAAGCCAUUUAACUGCAAGGCCCCAGGUUGCGGGCAGUCAUUCUCGCAGUUAGGUAACCUCAAGACUCACGAGCGACGACACACUGGCGAACGACCCUACAGUUGCGAUAUCUGUGGCAAAACCUUUGCUCAGCGGGGCAAUGUACGAGCACACAAGAUUGUGCACCAACAGAUCAAGCCUUUCACCUGCAAGCUUGACGACUGUGGCAAGCAGUUUACUCAGCUCGGUAACCUCAAGUCACACCAGAACAAGUUCCAUGCCACUACCCUCCGAUAUCUUACGACAAAGUUUGCAACCAUCAGCAUGGGCGACUGGGUGUCCAAAGAAGAUAAGGAGCUCUGGGAGUACUUUGCCUCUCUAUACAAGAACUCCAACAAGGGCAUCAAAGGUCGUGGCAAGGACCGGCGCAUCUCAGCCAUGUCAUCGUCGGCCUCGUCUUAUCCUUCAUCGUACCCCGCCAUGCCAAUGGCCUCAAUGUCCCGAAGCUAUGGCGGAUCUUUCCAUCACAGCAGUGAACGCAGCAGUCGAAGCUCCUCCAUGUCAUCUGAUACCAUCCAGCGAGUAGACAGCGGGUACGACUUUAACGUUCCCAUGCCAACAAGCUACCAUCAACCUCCUGCCAGCGGAUACGACGACAUGGUGUUUCCGGAGCGCAAGCUAUAUUAAACAUUUUCUCGACACGGCCGUCGACUUUUCCUAUGGGCUAGGGGUUCUUGGGCACGGUUCAGGCGUUAUGGGACAGCGGCGCUGGUUUACAGUUAGGAUUUGAGGCAACGGGUGAUCAGUACCCCAGCUAGCGCAGCAAAGGGCACUGCCUUUCAUUUCACAUUGGUCUUUAGACGGUAGUCUCAUGGCAUCGCUACGCAUUAACAGUAAUGUCUUUCACGCAUUUCCAUGUAUCCUUAUGCGCUCAUCGCAACCAAAAAAAUCAUGUAUACGUAUCAAAGUAAAGGGGUUUGCUGUUUGUAGCAGCGUGUAUGCGCUCAACACUGUAUCAAUAGUUUCACAAGUAGGAUAGCAAUCAACUUGGGGUCGAACAAGAUACCCUGUAAACUGUUCGG